AUCUCCUUUUUUUGCAUUUAAGUUAGACAGUCUUUUAGAACUAAACUGUAUUUUGUACAUGAAAUGAAAUGGCGCAAGUAUUACGAGCAACGAGCGCUGUGAUUGGUCCUUAAGGUAAUAUUUGCUUUACUGAUAAAACGAUAAUUUUGUUAACCAUGAUAUCUGUCGAUAGCGGAUACUGAGGCAAUGGUGAUUACUAUUUGCAGGCGGGAAAUAUUGACUACGAUACAAGAUAAGAGACGGACGGAUCAUUAUCUGUGAUAUAACAUUUAACCUAAUUCGGCUACAACCAGCGUCAUUUUUUAUUCCCUCCCCAGUGUAUUGGUUGUGAGCUUUGCGAAUAUCGUUGCUCUUGUGAAGUGAUUUUUCAAAUUUGAUUUCUGGAGUAGUUACAUCGACACACCAUAGGAUUUUGGCUUCAGUUAGAACUACGCUCUGGAAGGAACAGAUUGAAGAUCAUAAUGAAUGAGGAGGAGCUGUCAACUUUACAGAGGGAAUCUGAUUUCCUUUGUAAAGAAGUGGCCCAUUCUGGAAGGUUUGCAGAUAUUGUAUAUGAGUUAAAGAUACGACAAGUUAUAUCCCAUGAAGUUGUAGGAUGCCUUCUUAGAUCUGAGGAAACGAAAACCUCCAAAAUGCAUAAGCUUUUAGGCUAUCUUCAGAGAGGCCCAUCAGAAACAUUUAGGAUACUAAUAGAUGUUCUGAUACAGCAUGGUUUAUCCCUUGUUGCAAAACGACUAGAUCCAAGAGCUUUUGAGUACCACAGUUCAAUAUUAGGGGGUAGCAACGAUAGGUUAGAUGCUCAACGUUUUCCAGACCUUUAUGGAUCUGGCGAGCCCCCUGUAGCCGGGCCUAUGUACAAUUUACCGUUAUUACCUCGUCGUAGUUCCUCCAGCUCCUCUAUUCCAGAAUCAGAUAGAAAUGGGAAUGACAAGUAUGACCCAAACAAACCCCUGGUUAUAGAUGUGAAACCUGCAUCAGUAUAUGGUGGCUCCCUUUUAGAAGAAUCAGAAUUAUAUAAAAACAAAAGCAUGCCACGUGGUUUAGUCUUCUUAGCAAAUUAUAAAAACUUCUUGAAUGAUGAAAAUCCAGAACGAAAAGGAUCUCAAAAAGAUGUCUCCCAUCUGUGUUCUUUGUUCAAUCAGAUGGGCUACAAGGUACCUGAUGUUCAUGUGAACCUCUCAAAAUAUGAUACCAUAAAAGCCUUGAGGGAUUUCAGAAACAAUGAGGAGCACAAAAAUGUAGACUCAUGCAUAGUGGUAAUCAUGAGCCAUGGAAGAGAUGGAAAGUCUUUUUACACUUCAGACAACCAGCAUCUAACUAUCAAUGAUGUUGUGGAGAGGUUCAGUAAUUCUGAGUGUGAAUCACUUAGAGGAAAACCCAAGAUAUUCAUUUUUCAGUAUUGCAGGGGCAGAGAGCCUGAUAUUGGAGUGAGGGCAACUCCUGUCAUCUACAAAGAUAGUGGUUUACCUGUAGAAACAGAUGCUGCAUAUACUAGUGUGGUGGAUAGAGAUCCUACUUUCAGUGACAUGUAUAUUGUUUACUCCACUCUUGAAGGAUUUGCAUCAUUCCGUCAUCCUGAAAGGGGGUCUUGGCUGAUGGAAGCUAUUUGCAAUGUAUUUAUGAAGUAUUCACAUAAUGAAGAGCUGGAUUCUCUUAUGAAAAGGGUAUCUCGACAAGUCCGAGGAAAUUUCACAGAUGAGGGAAAUAAGCAAGUGUGUGAAUUUGUUCAGAGGGGCUUUGACCGUCAUUUCUACUUCAAUCCCAGUCCACUGAACAGCACAGACAGAGACACAUUAAGUAUGCGAUCCAUAGGUCUAGUACUCUCAGAAUCUUUAGAUAAUUUGGGUGCUGCAUCACCUGGUCUUCGCUGUUCAGUAAGACCACGACGCAUUCACCAAGCUAGCUGGUCCAGAGGAAGUUCCCCUGAUCCAUACUUGUCUCCAAGCCGUAGAAGACACAGAAAUUUAAGUGGUGCAAGUAAUUCCUCUGAUUACACACCAGAGGAUUUAGAGCCAUUGCUUUCAAGUUCUGAGAGUGUAAUCAUACACCCUAGAGUUCGUCGUCGUAGUGGUGGCAGAAGAAUUUUGUCCGAGAAUAUAAAUUUUUUGCAACCAAGUUUUAUUCAGAAUCAUAUGGAACCAUUCAAUCGCUCUUUUAGUGAAAAUAUAUUGGAAUCCCAGGAGACCAGUCCAGGUUUUGCAAAGUCCCCAAGCAAUGAAGUUUUUGGGGAAGAAGAUGUGAGUGAUUGUGCAUCACUCAACAAUUCCACUUAUGAUACUGUAGACAAUCCAAAAAUGAGUUGUGGAAAAGGAGAAGCCAAAUCAAAUGGUGAAAAUCCUGAUGUAAACAUGAAUCAAAACGGCGGCUGUGAUGAAGAGGGAGAACAUCGUCAUUCAAUUAAAAGGCAGUUAUCCUUUCCCUCAACAACUGAAACCCUUUCAAAAAUCAACGAUGUGAAGAAGUUUUUGCAGGUACAUGAUUCAGAUCCACAGACAAUUGAAAAGUUGUUGAGAGUUGAAAGUUUUGUGAACAAAAAGAAGUAUGAAGGGAAGCGCAGAAAAAAGGAAGAUGCUCACAGCUUAGACUAUUGAUGACAGCUUAGUAUAGUAGUGGUCAAAAUGAUUCCUCAGGUUUGAAGAUCUGUAAGUUAUUGCAGAUUCUAAUUUAUCUCACCAUAGAAAUAAUUUGUAAAUGACUUAAUGGGAUAUUGACCGUUCGUAAAGAAUAAGCUUAAAGCUGAGGAAAUGUGUGAUGUCAGAAGCUCAGUUUUAUACUGUAAUGAAUGCAAUAGAUCUUGCCCAGAAAAGACAUCUUCAUAAUUUAAUAGUCCAUCAUUUACUCAGUAAUAAAGUACAACAUUUUUAGGUGUAUGAUGUGUGAAAUAACAAAGUCCUUGUUUUUUUUCUUCAUAUCUGGUGGCAAAAUUAAUAAAACCCAUAUAGAUUGAGAUGUUCAUUUUAGCCCAUAAACACCAUUUUUGUUUUGAGAAAAGUAAUGUUUCACAUUACCAUAAUUAGCUUUUUAAUGAAGUUUGACAGAUUUGGAAAUGGACUCACAUAUGCAUACUUUAUAUUUGGUAGACCACAAGAAUGAUGUACUGUAUGUUGAAGAAUAAACCAAAGUGAAAAAAUUCUUCCACCAGUUUAGGCAUAGAUAUUUAUUCUGAAAUUUCUUCUCUCUUGAAUGCUUAGAUUGGUCUUUUUUUUCUUUCAUUUGCCUCCGGAAACUUUAUAAAUAAUUUUUGUCCUAAACGAUACCGAGCAAAGUUAAGAGUGGUAAUUGCAGGUACAUGUAUUAAGCAUCUGCCAAUUUAAUUUGUUGGUAGUUGUCAAGUAUUUGUUUGAAAAGUAGUCUGUAUUUCAGUCAAGAAGUAUAAUUUGGUAGAUCAGUUGUGGAAAAUUUCCAACUAUAAACAAAUUAAACUUCUUUGUCUCGUGUGUAAUUAAUAGCUGAUUAAUGUUUGGUGCUUUAGGUUCUAUUCAUAAUCUUAUUGUUAGGGUUAGUUGCAAAGUAAUGAAGGCUGAUUUUAUGAAAGUGUUCUUCACUUAAGUGUUUUUAAAGGAACUGAUAAUUUAGAAUUUAGCUCUAUCUAUGUAAUUCAUGACAAAUCCAUUACUUUAAAAUUAGCCCACAUUCAUGGUCAUCUUCAAAUGUCGAGAUGCAUCAGCUCCUCUUAAAAGAAAACAUUUGUUAUAUGCAAGAAUGAACAUGAAAAGGCUCAUUUAAAGGUAAACUUUCCCAGAUUCUUUACCUUGCUAUGUAGCAAUUAAACUCAAAUGGUGACUGAAGUCAGCCAAAGUGUUGGACUUAGUAGUCCUGAGUAUUUAAAGCAUCAUACUGAUGUGUUAUCAUUUCCAUAUUCUUAGUGAUAAUGUUAUCAUUAUUAUUUUGGUUAUUUUAGAGGAUUCCAUAAAAGUUUAGGUAUGGUAUUAAUUGCCUCUUAAGGUUUAUAAACAUAUAUAUGUAGUAGGGAGGGAAAGCCCUGGUUGUUUUCUAGUGCAGUCAUUUAAGCUGUAGUCAUAGUGCAUGAUUGUUACUUAAUGUAUACGUAGUAUUAUAAAUGACCACAAAGUAGCCAGUUAAUUGGAGUUGCACAUAUUGUUGGUUUAUGGUAUAGCACACAAAAAUGCACACAAAAACAGGUACAUUGGAACAUGUAAAUAUGAGGAGGCUAGCGUAGUGCUGUAGGUGCUGUAGGAUUUAACUAUGUUGACCAUUGCUCUUAUUUUUUUUGUGGUUAAUCUGGUCAUUGUAUUUCAUUGUUACUUGUACACAACAUAUGUUAUACAUACACAUUGCAUACGUGUACUAUGUAUAGGGUAUUUGUGUUUGAUGAUACUGUGCCUUGAUCAUGAAUAUGUAUUUUGGGUUAGCUAGCCUGUUGUGAUAGUUCUUGAGUGAGUUUCCUUGACAAAUACAUUUUUUUAGGUGUUUCACAUUAAAUGUGUAUAUUGAACACUGUAUUGCAAUGACAUAUUUCACAUUUCUUUGGAUCUUAUACAUUUUAUUAACUCAGUGUAUGUAGGCAUAUGCUAACCAGAGUUAGGCUAGGAUUUUUGGGUAGCUCAUAAGCAAGAAUCUUCACUAAUCCCAGGUAUGCACCCCUCUUGGACCUAUUACGUAGUGGGAUUACUUCGUUCAACUCCACAUUAAAAACCUGCAAUACACUGUAGUAUUGUAGUAAUGGACUUCACUUUCUUACUCAAGUUCACACAUGUCCCAUGAAACUUUGAAGCAGUUCCUUGUAACUACCAGAAGACUUGUAUCAUAUGUAACUAAUUUUGUGAGGAAAUUAUAUUUUCAGCCUUUGUCCUUUUAGUAGCGAGAGAGCCUUCACCAGUUAUACUUUAUCAAUGACCAAAUCCGUGAUCACCUUGAAGGUUAACAAAAGAACAAUAGUUGUUAAUGGAAGUCCUUUUCUUUUCCCAUUUAUCUGCUUAAACUAUAUCCUCAGCUACUUGGACUACUCUGGUAUUCUUCAGGAGUGUUUUAAUUGACUUUUAUCUUUAGGGAUAAGAGCUGUACUAAUAAACCCAGGGAGGACCAAACAUAGAUGUUCCAGUGAGACUAUAGUUUUGCUGAUCGCCCCGAGAAUUCCUUCCAUGAUAAAAUCUAUUGCCGGACAAAUACUGAUGUCAGCAGAUACUAUUAUCUUUCCCUAUUUUAAAAAACAGAGCAGUGACCAGAUAGCAGAUCCUUGCUAGGACAAGAUCUAUGCCAAUAACAGUAGCAGUAAUCACAGCCAUAUUUAAGGAAAUCUAUUAUGAAAAAUACAAAUUAGUUACAAAUUUGGUAUUUCAAGUAUUAGAUGUAUUUCUGUUCUUGCUACAGAAUUCCAAAUAACCUUUACCAACUUCUGUGCCUUUGCCUUUCUGUCUUUCCUGCCUUGCCAGUACACACUGGCUUUUCAAAUUAUGUCUAGUAUAUAUUAAUGAAAAUAAGGAAUUCAGAUUGUCUCUUAUACGUAACUCAAGUUCUUAUAGUUGCAUUUGGAUGAUCCUUUCUUUGGGCAAGGUUAGUGUCUUGGUAGUAGCUUCAUCAAUGUCUUCCUUCUUUCUUUAUGACAUUCUCUACAGAGUGAACCCAAAAUUAAAUUCAUCUAUCACUUUUCUGGAGAAUAAUGUUUGCUGCUACAUUAGUUACUCCUGGUGGUACCUUUUGGCAGUAUGAGUCGAACUUUUUCCAUUCCUAAUAGAUUUUCAGUAUGUAGUAGAUGGACUUAGUGACUCUUGGGUUCAGAGUCCAUAUCUUUAGAGUGAUUUUUACAUGCCAUAGUUUCUGUCUCAUGCACACAACUUUUUAUUGUCCUUGAGAGACUAGUUCUGUUGCUCAUAUCCUCUCAAGAAACUCUAGCACAUCCUAACAGAUCUCUUAUUAACCAUCUUUUGGUUAUGAGCAGCUUGAUAUAAUUGUAAAUAGGUUUAUUGUGGAACAAAGCAAGUUUUCAAGUACAAACCCAUUACCGUACUUAGAAUGGUAGUGCCCUUCGCCCAGCUCUACUAUUUCUUGGAGCUCAUAAUUCAGACAACAUUAAAAACAAUGCUGGCAUAAGUUUAGUGUUGCAGGAUGACAGUAUUUUUCUUUUGAGGGGACAUUUGAAUACUUGAAUGUGGGCUAAUUAUACUGCUAUGAGAUUAACUAAAAAACAAUUUUAUGUACUUCCAAAAAAUACAAAUUUUGCUUUACUAUCCCUUUUUAGAGUACAUACCACUUGUGCCUUGUAUAAGAAGUCUCCAGAUACACCAGAUGUAUUACCACUGGAUGGGAUAUACAGGAGGUUUUUAGAAAAGACUUAUGCCGUGUUUUAAUAAGUAAUUCAUAUUUCUUAUAAUUGUGAUAAGUUCAAUUUUUACUUGAGUUGGUUAUAAAUGUUAUUCAUGUCUUUCAAAUGUGAUACCAUUAUGGAUAGAGUGAAUUAUCGUAAUUCAGAUGUAAGCCAUUGAUCUCCAGAAGGUAUACUACUGUAUAUUAAGAAAUCUUGCAAACAUUUUAUUUUUUGCAAUUAACAGUAUUCAGAAUGACAGAGGUGUUACAGCGGUACAUGGUUACUGGGUGCAGUAUUAUUAUAUGUCUAUGAGGUGCAAUAAUGCUCAGUGGAGCACUUAGUACUGUAGUAAUAUAGUUGUAUUUUUUAAAAUUUUACAAUGCACAUCUUGCUGCUGUAAAAAUUUCUGUGCAGGCCUUGGUUUGUCGUGGAAUCCAGCUUUCAAAACAAAUUAUUAUUGUCAUUCUGGUAUUUACUGGGUAAAUUACAUAUGACACAAAAUAAGAACUCUGGACCCUUUUAUAGUAGAGGUCAUCAGAUUUUUUAAACUGCAAAUUGGUCAAGUAGUAGUAAAUCCUAUAUUUUCAUUUCUGCCUUUUAUAUGUCCAGAUGACUAUAAGGAUUUUACUUAGAAUUUGGCUCUUUUUAGAUGCUAUUCUAAAAAUAUUGUCAGAAUUAUCUUUUCUCCAAAAUUUUUCAACUUCAGUAGGGCAGUAGCACAUCUUUUUUUCCAGUAACCACCAUAGUAGUAAUUUUAACAUGAAGAUGCUGUAAGUUAUGGAUAGGAUGCUGUCAGUAGCUGAGAAUAAAAAUAACUUAGGUAGGUAUUGUUUUGGUAAGUCUUUGUACUGAAUUAGUUUAUACAUUUUUGGUUUUUCAAAUUCAUCAAAUAUUGUAAUGACCUUGCAUUUAACUCCAGGAUCUUUGUUUUAUUGUCACAAUUAUUCAUGUAGUUGAUGUAUAGUCUACAUAAAAAUGCAGUUAUAAUCUUUUCUAUUGACAUUUUCAUAUGUUGUAGAAAUUAGCUAAAAUUGUUUGGUUCCUUUACUUUUCUAUUAUCUGUUCUAGUUUACACUUUUUGUAUUAUCUGUCUAUUUUACACUUUGUUCGUAUACGAAACAAACCUUUGGUCUUAACAUUAGGAUAAUACUAGCACCAAGCUGGAAACCGGUAGAAUUGAUAAAAAUUUGUGUGAUCCAGGGACUAUUGGCAUCUGUACCAGGUCACAGGGUAUUGUAGUUCCCAAAAUGCCCUUGGCGUCCCGUGACCUAUCAGUUAGUUACUUUCCUACCGCCUUUAAGAUAGGACGUGAUUACUUUCUAUCUGUUUAAAGUCAGUUUAGUUUGCCUGUUUAAUUCAUAUUUUUCUUUUUUCUUUCUCUGGGUAAUCUGAGUGCGGGUGUUAUCUACUAGGUGUAUGUAUGUUGAGAUAUGGAGAAUUUUGCUUCACCAAGGGAACUUUCUUUGGGAUCUCGCAAGAGACAAAGGAAAUCCCCUGUAGUUAGUGGAUUUCCUUGUUCAAGAUUUUUAACAUCGGUUGGAUGAACGUUAAGAAGAAAUGACUAGAAAUUAAUACAUCUCUAGGUGAUAUUGAAUAGGAAAUGAAGAGAAGAAAGAACCUGAAAUUAAAACACUAUAUACUUUAUUUUUUUCCCAUCUGUCCAUCCGCCUGUGGUGUUUUCGCAUGGUAACACUGCGUCCCGGGCUUUAAAUAGUUACACUAUGUGUAAGUUUUAGGUAAAUAAAAGGAUAUCUGGGUGCAUUUGCAACUGAAGUGUUUUAAUAAUUUACUGUAUGCGAAUUACACCUUUAAUAUUCGAAAUAGGAUAUUAUUUAAGCCCGGGAUGCAGUGUUACCAUGCGCAAACACCACAGGCACAGAUGGACAGAUGGAAAAAAACUGAGUAUAGUUACGUUUUCAUAAAUCCUUGGAAGGUUGGGCUAUUCCGUAAUUCACUCUGACUCAAGCUACGCAGGAAAUAUGUAAAUUGCAGAAAAACCUUAUCAAUGGCACCACAUCUCCAUGAACUUUUCCAGCACCAUCACAGUUUCAUGAAUUCGGGCAAUUGUUCAUUAGUGAGAGAGAGAGAGAGGAGGCGCCAUUCAGCCAGAGGUAUCUUCAGGGAAGAUGUAUGAGUAGUAGGUGCAGAGAAAACGUAUGUACUAUUACUAAUCCUUGUUCAGUUUGUCGUGGUUGGUCAGUGGAACAGAGAAUGAAGUUUUAUGGGAAAUGCCAGUACAAAAGAGAGUAGACGCCGCCAUCUUUGGAUGACCAAGCGUCUGCAGCUUUUUUUGUAUCGGUGAUACAUCAGACUGCUCCAUAUGUUUCGUCCCUUGGUUUUGAUGUUUCCCAUACCUCUUCAGUUUCUUCUAACAAUUCGUUAUCAGAAACUCCAGGAGGGGUUUUGGAUAAUUUUACACAUAAUUACACUUCAUCAUUCCCGGCAGGGAUAGGGGGAGCAUUGCCAUCUUUGUCCCAGAUUUCAGCCCCUGAUGUGCAGAGGAUGGAAGGAACGUGGUCUGCGUUAGACCUGUCAGGUGUACCAACCUUGGAAGGGUUGCUAUCACUAUGUGGCACACGCUUCCCCCCGGGCCUGUCGACUAUGAAUGUUCCGCAUCCCCCUGGCCUGCAAUUUUUGGGAGCGAAUGCUACGUCAACGACAACCACUUCAAUGUUUCCGGCGAUGCAGAACUUUGGAAACAGUUUUGCAGCACACUCAGGGAUACCAGCACUAGCCACUCAGUCUCUCCCUUCAAGCGUGAUGACGUCACAACCGACAUCACACACGGGCAUGGCUGCCUCCAUGACGUCACAGCCUACUGCCUCUCUCACAACCUAGUUGCCUCCAGAGACGAAUACGCUUUCAGACUCCUUAGUACACACAGUUAUGAAGAAAUUACAAGCUUUAGAGGACAAAAUAGACAAGAAAGACAAAAAGAAGAGACUUGAAUCGUCUUCUUCUUCAUCGUCUUCCUCUAGUUCGACGUCAUCGCAAGACUCGAUGUCAUCACUGCGUGUACCAGUCAAGCAUUGGAGGAUAAGGGACUUCAUGACUGAUCUUCGUACCAAGAGGAGAAGAUUAAAUUCUUCUUCAUCUUCAAGCCAGGUCUGUCACAUCCCUGUCAGCAACAAAGUGAAGAAGGCAAUGGCUAAUAAAGUUAAUGAUAAUGACCGCCGCCAUUUACAUGCGUUCGAACGGACGAAAGCGUUGACAGCCACUGGAAUGGCGGCCGCGGCAGAGAUGCCAACAGUGAGGACAAAGCAGUUAGUAGACUCCACUGCCGUUGGGAAAAUAUACUAGUUAGUGGGCAUCAUUCAACGAAGAACGGAGAAUGUAUACCAGUUUCUCCUGUAAGACCUUUUAAAAUAAGAAGGAAGGAUGAAAAAGCUCCCAUUAAAAGGUCAAAUAGUAAAGAGUUGGUAACCUCUCCUGAUACAACGAUGGAAGGCGCUGUUUGCCUCGAUGAUAGGAAAUCAAGGUCAGCUUCCCUGGUGGCCGUGGGAAAUGAUAGCCCAAUGGCCUUGGAUAAUAUGAUUGGGGAUAGAGAGGAAGUUAGUUCGGUUUCAUGAGAACCGUCAUCUUGGAGGAAUAGAUGGGGUUCUCGCUCUAGAUGCCAGAGCAUAGAAGCAGUUAGGUGGUCACGUUCUCCUAGUGGCUAUUCAAGAUCGAGCCAACAUCGGACGUUAGAGAUCAAAGAUACCAUGAUUGCAGGGUCGGACGGCCAUGACGCACCCGAACGUUUGUCAGAGGAUAGGACUAAACUAACUUCUGCGGCCGAACAGAAUGCAUUGGAAUCGGAGGAAGGGGAAAACCAGGAGUUUCUGGAUUCGUAUGCAGAAUUGGUUGACUUGAUUCGCCAAUUCAAUAAUCUCUCAAGGAGACCGGACACACCUGCCAGUAUACGUACUUCCUCCUGGAACUGACGUGCUAUUAGGACUGAAGAAGGAUACUAAGGUGCCAUAUGAAUUACCUUGCUCAGGUCUUGUGAAGUCAGUUUUACAGCAUUCCAAUGCCCGGAUUGCUGGGAGGGAUUAUUCAUUAAGACCAAACAGAUCAUUUAAGUUCAUUCCCCCGCCAGUACUGAGACAGGAAAUAUUAUGCGACACUUAUGGUUCCAUUACUAUCAUGACAAAUCAACCCAGAUGUGGUAAGGUUAAAACCUGGAUUAACCUUGGAUCAAGUUAAGAUGGAAUGCUUCUUGGUUAGACUUUUGGUCAACAGCAGUAGCAAAAAUUACAUCCUCAGAAUCAACAAGGAAAUUAGUGGAUGAGACAAUUUUUUCAGAUUGCUUCAAUCUGGUUCAAAAGCAGUUGCGUACUUGACAAAUUUGAAAGCCAAUGUACAGGCUAAUAUCCUGUUGAUGAGGAGAGACGCAGCAUUGGCUAGAUUAAGCCACACUGUUGAUUUGGUUCCCUAUUAGCAAUUUGGAAUUGAGAUAUGUAUCCUAGAGUCGCAAUUGCUGUUGCCAAAGGGUAUACUAGAAGCUAAUAUAGAUAGAAGAAGAAUGGAUACUAAUGACAGAUUAGUCCAACAAGCAGUUAAGGAAGCAUCUGGAAGCCAGGCUAAUUUUAAUGAGGUAAGGCAACAUCAACAAUUACCUCAAAAGAAACCAGUGAGACAUAAUCCCUCCAAUAGAUCAACAAGACCCUCUUCCCCAAAAAAGAAGUUAGCUCAUCGGCCCUUUCACAAUAGACCCAACAGAGGAAGGAGUAUUAGGGGCAGGGGGAGAGGUUCAAGACGAUAGGAUGGGCGCCUCUCACUACUCAGUCACACCAGUGGGGGAAUGCCUGGUAAAUCAUUGGAAGGUGUGGCAGAAAUUUGGAGCGGAGCAUAGGGUGGUGGAUGUUCUCAGAGUCGGAUAUCUGAUUCCAUUCGACAUUACCCCACCCUGACAGAACAACCAUUACUGCACCUCUCUUAUCCUCAGGAAUCUCAGAAAUUAUUUAUUCUGCGAGAGGAAGUGGAGAAGGGAGCUGUAGAACAAGUGUCACUUCCAUCAAGGGGGUUUUAAAGCCAUAUUUUCCUUAUCCCUAAAGCCAUUGGAGAUUGGAGGACAGUUAUAGAUCUGUUAACAUUGAAUCUGUUCAUAAGGAAAACGAGAUUCAAAAUGGAGACCCCAAAGACAGUUCUUGCAGCAGUCAGGGACAAGGAUUUUAUGCUGACAAUAGACUUGAAGGACGCAUACUUUCAGAUCCUAAUCCAUCAGUCUUCCAGGAAAUUUCUCUGCUUCAGUCUUGCAGGGAAAGUUUUCCAAUUCAGAGUCCUGUGCUUCAGAUUGACAACGUAUCCCCAAGUAUUUACAAGAGUAUUCACUCUUAUGUCGAUAUGGACGCAUGCUUGGGAUCAGACUAAUAAGAUACCUAGACGACUGGCUGGUGAUAGCAAAGUCCCAAGAAAAAUUACUUUGGGACAGGGAUACCCUUCUACAGUUUUGUCACAGCCUAGGCAUUGUGAUAAAUGAGAAGUCAAGUUUAGAUCCCAGUCAGAGGCUGGUGUAAGUAGGUAUGAUUGUAGACACAGUAAAGGCCAAAGUGUUCCCAGCAGACCAGAGGGUAGAGAAAUGCAAACAAGUGAUGAAUGCUUUUCUUGGGGAACAAACACAGCCAGCAAAACAGUGGCAGGUAGUCCUGGGAAUCCUAAGUUCCUUGGAGAAGCUAGAGCCACACGGGAGACUACACCUUCGGUCAUUGUUACGGCCUCUGAGAUGAGGUCCGCUUCAGGUUCGAUAUGAAAUAAAUAAAAAAAAAAUAUUUCAACACCAACAGUUGAAACUGGGGAUACGAAUAUAGAAAGAAACACUAACACAACAAAGGUUUAUUUACAAGCUUACUAACAUAGGUAAAUGCAGAAUGGUAUCUCCUAUUUACAUAAAAAGAUAGAAUCUGACUUUGCAUGAACUGGGGGAACAGUGAGGCAAUUCAAAUACUUGCUAGUCAAUUUGGCAAUUCGAAGCGAUGGCUUCUUAAAAGUAGAGCGGCAAUUGCAGACGUCCUCUUGACUCCGUAUUGCAGAAAAUAGUCUACUUGUAAGGCAGUAACUCCCCAAAACCUCUAGCAGGACCUUUUCUUCUCUGAAGUCAAGAUAACACGGUCGUCCACUCCUGAAGACGACUAGACCAGUAACCAACCAACUCUCGAGCAACUUCUCUUCUGAUCCUUCGUCGGUCCCUUUCUCUCUUAUCUCUCACGGAUAAUCUCUGCUGCUGCUGAUCUCUCACUGAUAAUCUAAUCUGUGGCUCUUACUAAGGAUAUCUCUCUGUGACUAACUGGAGUCUCUCUUUUACGAUCUCUCUGCUGCUGCUACAACCGUCGUAUUUAUACGGCACUCUGGGGGCGGGAGCCUACGGCGAACUUCACAGACUCCAGGGAUUUCUAGAACUUCUUAGAUGAAUCUAGACGAGGUAUUGCAUCAGAAAUUGCGGCGUUUCUCACGUCCCGACAAGUUCCACAACACUCAUGCCGAUUCUAGAACCAUCAUGAUAACAGGCACCUCCAACACAAUGCGCUAACACCUCCUUGUUGCCGAACUUCUCGAAAAUGUGUUCUCCUUUCCUUUAACUUUCUUUGCUAUGAAGCAAUUACCAUCACAGUCAUUACAAUGGAGGAUGAACGAGCUUUGGUCACCAACUGUAGAUCACCCAUAUGAGCACAUUCCCUUGUCGACAGAGGUGAGGAAAGACCAGCUGUGGUGGGUGCAGGACAACAAUCUGACAGUGGGAGUUCCCCUUCAGCAACCCUCUCCGGAUCUCCUGCUAUUCUCGGAUGCGUCACUCAAAGGUUGGGGUGCCCACAUGGAGGAACUGAUGAUUUCGGGGAAGUGGAACGCAAGGACAGAGAAUCCAUAUAAACGUGCUAGAGUUAAAAGCAGCCUUUCUGGCACUACAGGAAUUCUGGGAGAGGGUGAAGGGGCAACCUGUGGUAUUGAUGUCGGCGAACACCACAGUAGUAGCCUAUGUAAACAAGCAAGGAGGCCUAGCAUCUCGUCAGUUACACCAGAUGACAGUUCAGCUCCAUCAGUGGGCUUUGAGAACUUAGUAGACAUCAGGGCCAGAUAUAUCCCAGGGAAAAGAAGCAUAGUUGCUGACAAAUUGAGCUGCAGGGACCAGAUUCUAGGAACAGAGUGGUCCUUGCAUCAGGAUGUAGUGGACAUUAUGUUCAUCUUGUGGGAAAGGCCAAUCAUAGACCUAUUCUCAACCAGGCACAACAAAAAGUUGGAGGUGUAUUGUUCAGUAUUCCCAGACGCAAAGGCGGUAGCAGAAGAUGAGCCACAACACCCAUGGGACAAUCUGGACAUGUAUGCAUUCCUUCCCUUUUGCCUAAUCCGUCAAGUUCUGAGCAAGGUGGUGCGGUCUCAGAACCUCAAGAUGACUCUGGUAGCCCCAUUGUGGCCAAAGGCAGAAUGGUUUCCGGACCUGUUGGACUUCUAAUAGAUGUUCCGAGAGAGUUACCUCCAUGGAAUAACCUACUGUGCCAACCACACGUGGAGAGGUACCACCAGUCAGUGCAGUCCCUAUCGAUACAUGAGCGGAGACUGUCAAGUAUCUCCUACGAGCGAGAGGCUUUUCUCAGAAAGCAGCAACACAGGAGGCAGGAAAUAUCAGAAGAUCAUCGGCAGCUGUGUACCAAGGAAAAUGGUCCGUGUACUGGGAUUGGUGUCGUAGAGGGAACUUGUCUCCACUCAGAACCACUAUUCAGCAGUUAGCAGACUUUCUGAUAUAUCUCAGAACAGAUAGACAUACGUCAGUAUCUGCUGUAAAGGGAUACAGGGCUGCUCUAGCUUCGGUUCUGCGGAUGGAAGGCGUGGACAUUUCUUCUUCAUGGGAAAUGGCUAUGUUAAUGAAGAGUUUUGAGUAGUCCUGUUCCCCGAAGGAACUGAAAGCUCCAGAUUGGGAUUUAACCAUGGUACUGAGCAGCCUUACAAACCCCCAUGCGAGCCAUUGCAACAAACCACAGAUAGAAGCUUGACCCUGAGGGCAGUCUUCUUAUUGCCUUUAGCCUCAACCAAAAGGGUGGAGGAUCUACAGGGUCUGUCAUGUCUGGUGAAGCAUUCGAGAGGGUGGAAGUCUAUGGUCUUCGAAUUUAUCCCAGAAUUCAUAGCCAAACCACAAAAUCCAUCAGUAGUGGAUGGCAAAUUUGACUCCUUUUUGAAACCUUCUGUGGGAGAAUUUGUGGAUGAUGACUGAAGAAAUUCUGCUAUGCCCUGUCAGAGUACUACGAGAGUACUUAAGAAGAACGCAGCAUCUCAGGCCGGGAUGCCAAAGACUUUUUGUGAGUACAGGACGGAACAAAAAGGAAGUGUCUAGAAUAUAAUAUUGUUUUGGUUGAGAGAAACGACCAGGAAUGCGUACAUGACAGGGGAUGGAGGGUCAAAUAUUCUGGAGAGAGCUAGAGCUCAUGACAUCAGGGGCUUGAGUGCUUCUUUGGCAUUCAAGAAAAAUAUGUCUGGGGAGAAGAUUUUGAAAGCUGGUACGUAUUUGGUGAUGCCAAACAACUUUCACUUCCUUUUAUUUAAGAGAUGUUGCCCAUAGAUCUUUGGGCACUUUUUCCUUGGGUCCAGUGGUGGCUGCCCAACAAGUGGUAUAGCUCAUCCAGUACCCCUGGUGGGUCAGUUAGUGUCUAGUCUAAGAUGAAGGUAUGAAAGUAGAAUGAAUGAGAUGACUGGUCUUCCUUCUUUACUAUGCUUUCUAGCUACUCCUUUACCUAUGGGCAGUAAGAGGGAGAGUACCAUCAUGAGCUGGAAUGGACUAGAUACAGGUGAGGGCAACAGUCAUACUGUAAAGAUAAUCUAGAGCAUAUGAUACUUUUCAGUAGCAACACACUCCUCUCAGUGAUAGGAAGAGAGUAGGGUGGUAAUAGAUCCAUGUACAGGGACUGGAGUUUCAUGUGAGAACGGAUAGCUCUCCACCUUCAGUAAUACAAAAGCUAUGGCAUUGUAUGAAACACCCAGAGAGGGAACCAAUAGAUUCUCAUAUAUCCUUGGUUUGGAGAUUGUAGUCCAUUGUCUUAGAAUACAUCUAUUCGGAAAUGGAUGAAGUUGGCAAACUCCCAGUCAGUUGUAGAGACUGACCUCCCAUCAAUAAGUAAGUCUAUCCUAAUGUUAAGACUGAAGGUUUGUUUCGUAUAUGAACAAAUGACAAAUUUUUUAAUCAAUUUGUAUUUUUCAUAUCUAACAAACCUGAGGUCUUAACAUAUAAGACCCACCUUGAACCACCCCUCUAACAGUCUAAACCGGGUUGGAAGAGUAACUGAUAGGUCACGGGACGCCAGGGCAUUCUGGGAACUACAAUGCCCCUUGACCUGGUACAGAUGCCAAUAGUCUCUGGAUCACACAAGUUUAUAUUAAUUCUACUGGUUUCUAGCGUGGCGCUAGUAUUAUCCUAAUGUUAAGACCUCAGGUUUGUUAGUUAUGAAAAAUAAAAAUUGAUUAAAAAUUUGUCAUUUUUGUAUUAUCUGUUCUGUUCUGUUGUACAUGUAUGAUUGAGGUUACACUCAUUUUGCAAAAAGGAAACAUGUAAUAUUAUUAAAGAACAGUUGAGGUGUCUCAGAAAUUGUUUUUGGCUGUAUAGAAUAUUAGUUGUUUUCAUCUUUACAGUGGAUAUUAAGCAACAUGACAGUAUGAUAUUAAAACUACAUAAGUUUACUUUUCUAUUUUUUUAUGAGUUUCAUUGUCUUGUAAGUUUAUAUAUGUGUUUUAAUUCAAAUUUCCUCACAAUACAGUUGAUAUUAUACUUUGUAUUACAUUCAUUUAUCAUCAGAAAAGUACCUAAAGUCUGUCUCCUCCGCAGUUAGUAUAAGCAGUUUUGUUUGCUAGAGUGGAGAACAUUUUAAAUAGUUCAACAGAUUGUGAGCUACGGAAAGAUAAGUUUAAGUAGUUCAACAGAUUGUGAGCUACGGAAAGAUAGGUUUAAGUAUUUCAACAGAUUGUGAGCUACGGAAAGAUAGGUUUAAGUAGUUCAACAGAUUGUGAGCUACGGAAAGAUAGGUUUAAGUAGUUCAACAGAUUGUGAGCUACGGAAAGAUAGGUUUAAGUAGUUCAACAGAUUGUGAGCUAUGGAAAGAUAGGUUUUAAGUAGUUCAACAGAUUCUGAGCUAUGGAAAGAUAGGUCAAGGUUAGACUAUUGGAAUAAAUUUUGCUGGUAUUUUGUUUAGCCUUCAGUUGCGUGUGGUAGUUUGUUCUUCAUUCAAAAGUCAUAUUUUGUAAUUUGCUGUUGUUGCUCGUGCUACUUGGAAGUUUAGGUAAGCUGGAAAUAUUACCAUUUGGAAUUUGAUUAGUUAGUUAGCUUGGAAUGAAGCUGAUUGCAGAGAGUUUAUUCACUGAAAGAUAGCUUGUUUACUUAUUGGCCUUUAUACAAGUGGCAUCUAGGUUCCUCUGUAAUGCUUUAUUUUGAGCAUUAUUUUUGUAUUUUGGAUCAUUUGGAAACUGCAUUUGCAUCAAUUGUGUUUGGUUGUGAUAUUUUGCCAGUUGAUGUUGGCUAAAUUUAAGCAUUUUUCCCUUACUACUUGUAAGUAAUAAGCUAGACCACCUGAGUCUAAAAUUUAAGGUGUUGUUGUUCUGACCCAAAGGAUUGGUUUUUAAUAAGGUGAAAAUUGGAAUGAGGAAGAGCUAAAGAUGUUAGAUAAUGAGGCUGGAAGAUACCUAUUGAAACUGUAGAAUUUAUUUGUAUGGAUUUGGUAGCAGAUGUGAGUUAUAUUAAGUGCUGUCAUUUCUUUUAUUGAUUCUAUUUUUUUCUACUUCCAAAUUCAAAAUUAUUAGUAACAUGAAUCCUGGUAUGAAUAUCUUUCACUAUUGUACAUUCUUUUAAAGUGUUGUAAUCUGGAUUAUUCAUGAAAAUAAUGUAAGUUAGGUAAAGCUUUGGAUCACAGAUUUUCAUGUCAUGACUCAUUCCAGUUAGCAGUGGUUUAAGUAAUGGCAUAUGUAAAAGGUAUGUAUCGUAAAAUUUUCUUUUAUUAGUAUCUUAGAAUCAGUUUUAAAAUGUUAAAUUUUAUUUUACUGAAACAGUUUUUAAUUCUGUUCAGUACCAUGAAAAUGCCUAUUCUUUAUUAUUGUCAGUGAUGGUAUUUAUGAAAUAAUUUAAACUUGUGGUUUUUGUAGAAUUAUUGGCAUAAGUUUGACAAAGCACCAUGGCAACAUUGGAUUUUUUUUAUUGCAAGACUUGUAUCCUUAGUGAUAAAUAUUGUGUGGUAAAGUUUGCUUCAUGUUAACAGAAUUAAGAGCAUUUCUGCAGCUUGUUAUAGCAAUUAUAUAUCACCCUCAGUUGAAUAUUACUAAGUGAAUUAGCGUGCAAUAAGGCAGUUUGCCUUUCAGAGAAGGACUACUUUGUAGUUAGCUGAGUGGUUUACUUAGAUAGUUUAGUGAUGUUUUUUAUACAACAUUGUAUUCUUUAUAUUAUUCUGGAAUUUAGAUUCUAAAUGUGAUAUAUAUAGUUUAUCCUAGGGUGCUUUUGAGUAGCAGACUGUUUUAACAAUUUUUUUACAGUGUUCAUUUGUUUUCUUGUAAAGUUGAAUACAUCAGCAGUGCCUAGAAGAAUUUUCUUUGAUAAAGAGCAAAGUCAUGAAAUUAAUGAAUUUUACACAUGUUUCUUGAACUAAUUUAUUGAUGUAGUCUAUCGGAAACUAAGCAUCCUUUAUUCAUUAUACUUUGCUCUUCUGUACAAGAUUUCAAUCUAUAUUCAGUUGUUAUAAUCAUGACUGCCAGUGUAUACAAUAAGGUAAAGAGAAUUAGGUAAUACUGUAUACCUUUCUGUGUGAUGGUUUUAUGAAUUUGCUUGUAUUGAAGAUUUUAAGAGGGCUAUUUGUUAUUUUGUUGUGAUGCAAACAUGAGAUAAUUGAUUGUUUAAAUUCUGAUUGUUAGAAACUAUUUCUACUGAAUUUCAUGGAUGUGUGAUAAUUAACAAUUUUCAGAAUA